CACGAUGGGAAAGCGGGAUGUUCAAAUCUUCUUCCUGCUUUUUUUUGGCUCGGUUUGUUUUUGUUCAUCAUGGAGGCGAGAGGCAGUGCCGUCAACACUCCCGCCAGCAGACCUGUUACUCGGAGAAGCAAAAGUUAUGGUCGGAGCUGUGUGGAAGCACCCUCAUAUUUCUGGCAAACACCAGGACAUUUAACCGUCUUGAAGAUCCCAACCAGUAGAGGGGCUGCCAAAUCACAACUCAUCACCGAUAAGGUUGACCCCGAGCAUAUCGCUCUUCUGGUGAAAAAUGAGUGGAAGCUGUCAUAUGUCACCCCUUUGCAUCACUUCAGACAUACACAGCUGAAAUCAUACUCCAGACACCUCGCAGCCUUCAUCGCAGCAGAGAAACAGCAAGGAGUUGCAGUUGAAGUUGGGUUAGAAGCGGGAUUUAAGGUCACAUUUACUGCAGUUCUUGGACUGGCUGAAACUGAUGAGGAUGCUGAGACUGUUUUCAUUCAGAUCCAGUCCAAACCCGCAUUUGCUGCAGCUGCAGAUGCACCGAAAGUGGUCUGGCGCGGUUGGCUCACAUGCGUCAAUGGUGAUCCGGAGUACCUGAGGUCACUGCCUCCCGAUUUUGUCAGCUUACCUCUGUUUUGCACAAGUGGAGCGGAGUCUCUUACAACCCUGGUAAAAACCUGGUUCGAGAGGGCGUUUGAUUGCAACUUUGGUUCUUUGGCUUUAAACUCCACCACUCUCAACUGGCUGGCUGCUCUGUGGACUGGUUGCCAUCCCACCUGUAACAUCAGGCACCUGAAACUGGCCUGGAGCCUUCCAACACAGCCACCAAUGGAUGUCUCGUAUACAGUUAACCCUCAGGAUGCGUGGGAACUCUGGAACAGCAUUCACCCAGAGGAGAGUACAGACGACAAGAUUGAUAUUAAAGAGGUCCAGUCUUUCAUCAGCGGGCUGGAAACUCAUUUUUUUAGACACUUUAAGAUCUACCUGUCUGCUGGUACACUUGUAAAAGUAUCUACCGCUCUGGGAUCAGCACAUCUUGAUGGGAAAAUCAAGAUUGGAAACAGUGAUUACAUCACCACCUUACUUACCCUGCUGACAGAAUCUGCUCUUUUGAAAAUGCCAACCUAAAAUCUGCUCUGUUUUUUAUAGAUUUGUAAAUACAAUUUUUGGUUGUUGUUUUUCUUUUUUUUUGCUAUGACAUCUAAACUUUUAUAUAUUUUAAAGCUUAUUGUUUCAUAUUUGUUUUUGUGUGUGUGUGUGUUUGUGCUGUCUAUGUUUGUUUUCCAGCUUUUAAAAUGUGACUUUUUAUUCUGUUUUCGGAUGCCUGUUUUCUUUCCUUUAACUUGCUAGAGUUUUAUCAAGACAAAUAACAUAUCAGCCUUAGGCUUAUGUUAAUGUGAUACGACUCCUUUAUCACAAAUAAACCUGAUAAUCAAUGGUGUGUAAAUGUAUCACUACUACAUUGGUUCUUAUAGUUCACACAAACAGGCAUUAAUAUGUCUAUUAGUAUAUUGUAACAUGUUUAUGUUUUAUGCAAAAAUUGUGAACCUUUUGUCAUCUUUACUAAACGAAUAGUGGCUUAAUUUUGGUUGUUUAGAUGUGUUUUGACUCGGGGCCUCUGAAAUUAUUUGAUAACGUUUUGCUAGCAGUCCCAACAAUGUCAGAAUCUAACGGUCUAAAUGUAGAACAUUUUACAAAGCAUGUAGGUAGAACAGGCGAGCGGAAGUUUCUAAUGGUAGUUCAGAAAUUAGUUUGGAUUUGAUUGGUUUCUUACUUGUAACCAGUUUAAAUUGACUGUUUGUGUUGUUGCAGAUUACUGUUGUUGGUGGUGUACAUUCAAACCACCCUUCAUUUAGGCAUUUACAUCAGAGAAAGGACCUAAGAUGUGCAUAACAAAAUGUAUUUGAAUUGAGUUACCUUUUGUCUCUCAAUAAAGCAUACAUCCAAGUUGAAUUUUCGAAUUUAUAUGAGAAUGACAUUUAAUUUAAAGGAGUCUGAAAUCAGUGGUUCUCAAAAUGGGGGUUUUAAAUUAAAUGCUAAAAAUGACUAUCCAAACGUGUUAAAUGUUAAGACCAGAGUGCUUGAAAUUGAGGUAAUUACACAUCACUGUAUUUUUAUUGUAUCUAUUGAUGCUCCUAGUUCCGGUAAUGAAAAUGGAUGCUUCGUCAUCAUUACAGCAGAAGUAUCAGAGGAAAUAUUGUAUUUAACAGAGAAGGGUCUCAGAGUAGAGACGGUUGCAAACCACUGAUCUAAUCCUCCUGGAAAAGGUUGACCUACAAUAAACAAAAUUUCAAUGACCGCAAGCAUUUGGAUUAUUUUUUUUUACUUUUUGGGAUAUUUUAUUUCCACUUUCAGAGUUUUGAAAUGUAUAGAUGGUUGUACAUCUUAAAAUCAUGGAUGAUAUAUUUUAUGUAACCGUAUUUCAACACCAAUAUUAGAACACAAAAAAACUGUCCUGUGGGAAAACAAGUGUUCUUUAAAAAAAAAAA